CAGUCGCUCGUCAGCCUCGAGAUCGACCGGUUCGCGUUUUCGUCGAAAUAAAAAAUCCUCCAAGUUAAUUCAUAUCUUUUCGCAUUCUUCAUUCACGCGGGUCGUUAUCAACAAUAAUGGCGGUUAAAAACCAAGUCUGCAUCAUUGGCUCCGGAAAUUGGGGUUCGGCAAUAGCGAAAAUCAUCGGUGCAAAUACAGCGAACCUGGAGAAUUUCGAGGACCGAGUGACCAUGUACGUAUACGAGGAAAUAAUAGACGGGAAAAAGCUCACCGAAAUAAUCAACGAAACCCACGAGAACGUCAAGUACCUUCCAGACCACAAACUCCCGGAAAAUGUCGUAGCAGUACCAGACGUAGUGGAGGCAGCAGCGAACGCAGAUAUCCUAGUGUUCGUAGUUCCCCACCAGUUCAUACGUCGGAUAUGCAGCACAUUGCUGGGAAAAAUAAAGCCCACAGCUGUCGGCUUGUCCCUCAUCAAGGGUUUCGACAAGAAAGAGGGGGGUGGAAUCGAAUUAAUCUCCCAUAUAAUAGCUGCAGAGCUCAACAUACCCAUGGCUGUACUUAUGGGUGCUAAUUUAGCCUCCGAAGUCGCCGAUGAGAUGUUCUGCGAGACUACUAUAGGUUGUAAGGACAAGGCCGUUGGUACUGUGCUGAGAGAUAUGAUUCAGACGUCAUUCUUCAGAGUCGUUGUUGUUGAUGACGUGGACUCGGUCGAGUGCUGCGGUGCUCUCAAGAAUAUUGUAGCUUGUGGUGCUGGUUUUGUCGAUGGCCUGGGCCUCGGAGACAACACGAAAGCUGCUGUCAUUCGGCUUGGACUCAUGGAGAUGAUUAAAUUCGUCGAUGUGUUCUUCCCCGGGGGUAAAUUGAGUACUUUCUUCGAGAGUUGUGGAGUCGCUGAUCUAAUCACCACGUGCUACGGUGGGAGGAACAGGAAAGUUUCUGAGGCCUUCGUUAAGACAGGAAAGACAAUCGAAGAAUUGGAAAGAGAAAUGCUGAAUGGCCAGAAGCUCCAGGGGCCCUUCACAGCCGAGGAAGUCAACUACAUGCUCAAGCUCAAGAACAUGGAGUGCAGAUUUCCACUAUUCACAGCCAUCCACAGAAUCUGCGUAGGGGAACUAAAACCAAGUGAUCUCAUUGACUGCAUUCGCAGCCAUCCCGAACACAUGUACGGCAACGAGAACAUCCCACCCAUGUGUCAUCUCUGAGGAUACGAUAAAGGGAAGAAGAUUUGUUAGGAGAGGAAUCCAGAGAAGAUAUAUUUUUGUUGUAACAUAUCCCACUAAAAACCUCCAAAGAGAACAAUAUUUUUAAGGAAUGGAUUAUUACAUGGAACAAUAACGCAAAAAUAACAGCGGAAAAUAAGAAAUGAAAACUGAAUUUAUACGGAAGUGAUGUGUUCAUUUAAUGCGAAAAUAAUACUGAUUGUUAAAUUGUUGAUAAUGCUGAUUUUCUGUUGAAAAAUCAGAAUGAAAUUUUUUAAAAAUCGAAAUUGAUAGAAAAUUUCACCGAACAUUCCAAGGGGAAAUUGUGGAAGUGUUUGAAAAUCUUUCAUGGGGAAUUUUCAUGGAUUUUGUUACUGAAAAAUUAGUAAAAUUCAUGAAUAAUUGAAUGGAUAAUACUUUAAAAAAACUUAUUUUAAUUGAUAUUUCAAAAUUGUUAAAAUAUCUGACAACUGGUUCACCUGGAAUUUUAAUAGAUUUUGUAAUUGAUGAAUUUAUUUAAUUUAAUGAA